AUGGGGAAAAAAUCUAAGGCCACAGCCGGAGCAGAUAUCUGGGACGAUGAGGACAUGUAUGAGCAGCAGCCGGCCGAGGAAUUCGGCGCCAGUGCCGAGCCUUCGGUGGAACCUGAAGAUUCCGAGGCAGCAAGCACCGAAACUGCUGCAGAGGACACCCCGCAGGACGAUUUCUUGAGUUCCAUCAGAUCGUCCAAGCAGAAAAAGCAGGCCAAGGAGCAGGAGGAGAAAGACAAGAAAGACGGCCCCCGUCUCUUGAGUAAAAAGGAGAAGGAGAAGUUGAAGAAGGAGGCUGAGAAGGCUGCCAAGAAGGAGCAGGCCGCCAAGAAGAAGGCCGAGCAGGCCGCCAAAAAGGAGCAGAUCAAGGAGGCCAACAAGAAAAACGCCGCCGCUGCCAGCGCCGACAAGAAACCGGCCAGUGAAUCUGAGAAAACACCCGAGCCCACGGCGGCGCCUAAAACCGCUGCCCCUGCCAAAAAGGGCAAGAAGGUGCCAGCCGCGCUUGCCGCAUUGAAGAAGCAGAUGGAAAUGAAAAAGCAAUUCGAGGAGGAGCAGCGCCGUCUCGAAGAGGAGGAGGAGCAGCGCCGUCUAGAUGAGGAGAAGGCCGCGGAGGAAGACCUCCAGAAGCAGGCCGCGGCCAAGGAGGCCAAGCGGGAGAAGGAGAAGCAGAAAAUCCAGCAGUUGAAGGCCGAGGGCAAGUACCUCACCAAAAAGCAGAAGGAGCAGAAGCGCCAGCAGGAGCGCCAGCGUGAGAUCUUGUUGCAGUCCGGCAACAUCACAAUUGCCGCGUUCCAGAAGGGCAAGGACAGCAACGGCGACGACGUCGCGGAGAAAAAGCCCAAGCGUAUCGUGUACACGAAAAAGAAGUCGGCCAAGCCCAAGACCUUCAUCCAGAAACCGCAGCAGCAAGCUCCCGAGCCUGCCAAGCCGGAAGAAGAAGACGAGGUCGAGGAGGACUGGGAGAAGUUGGCCGAAGACGACGUGGCCGACGACUGGGAGUCUGCUUUGAAGGAGGACGACGACGCGGAGGCCGAGGAGGAAGUGGUCGAGGAACAGGAAGACGACGACGAAGAAGAAGAAGAGCAGGACGAGUCCGAGGCCCAGGCCGCCGCCACUGCCGCUGCAGAAAAGGCCAGGCAGGACGCCGAGCGUGCCGCUGCCGCGGAGCAGGCCAGAAAAGCAGCGGAGGAGAAGGCACGGGCCGAGGCCGUGGCCAUUGCCAAGAAAGCGGCGCCCGAACAGGAAAUGCGCUCGCCCAUCUGCUGUAUUUUGGGUCACGUCGACACCGGAAAGACCAAGUUGUUGGACAAGAUCCGCCAAACGAACGUGCAGGGAGGCGAGGCCGGAGGAAUCACGCAGCAGAUCGGAGCCACGUACUUCCCUAUGGAUGCCAUCAAGCGCAAGACCGCGGUCAUGUCGCAGUACGAAAAGCAGACGUUCGAGGUGCCGGGUCUCUUGAUCAUCGACACGCCGGGCCACGAGUCCUUCACCAACUUGAGAUCGCGUGGCUCGUCCUUGUGUAACAUUGCCAUCUUGGUCAUCGACAUCAUGCACGGCUUGGAGCAGCAGACGCUCGAGUCCAUCCGCUUGUUGCGUGACAGAAAGGCUCCGUUCAUCGUGGCCUUGAACAAGAUCGACAGGUUGUACGACUGGGAGGCGACCCCCAACAACUCGUUCAGAGACUCGUUCGGCAGACAGGCUGCGUCCGUGCAGACCGAGUUCUUCAACCGUUUCGAGCAGAUCAAGCUUGCGUUGUCCGAGCAGGGCUUGAACUCCGAGUUGUACUUCCAGAACAAGAACAUGUCCAAGUACGUGUCCAUCGUGCCCACGUCCGCCGUGACCGGCGAGGGUGUGCCUGACUUGUUGUGGUUGUUGCUCGAGCUCACGCAGAAGAGAAUGUCCAAGCAGUUGAUGUACUUGUCCAAGGUCGAGGCCACCAUCUUGGAGGUCAAGGUCGUCGAGGGUUUCGGCUACACCAUCGACGUGGUGUUGUCUAACGGUGUGUUGAGAGAGGGUGACCGCGUGGUGCUCUGCGGCUUGAACGGCCCGAUUGUCACCAACAUCAGGGCGCUCCUCACGCCUCCGCCAUCGCGUGAGUUGCGUAUCAAGUCCGAGUACAUCCAUCUCAAGGAGGUCAAGGCCGCCUUGGGUGUGAAGAUCGCUGCCAACGACUUGGAGAAGGCUGUUGCCGGCUCUCGUUUGCUUGUGGUUGGCGAGGACGACGACGAGGAGGAGCUUAUGGAGGAGGUCAUGGACGACUUGACCGGAUUGUUGGACUCCGUGGACACGUCCGGAAGAGGAGUGGUGGUCCAGGCCUCGACGUUGGGUUCCUUGGAGGCCUUGUUGGACUUCUUGAAGGCGAUGAAGAUCCCCGUGAUGUCGAUCGGGUUGGGUCCUGUUUUCAAGAGAGACGUGAUGAAGGCCACCACGAUGUUGGAGAAGGCGCCCGAAUACGCCGUCAUGUUGUGUUUCGACGUGAAGGUGGACAGAGAGGCCGAGCAGUAUGCUGAAGAGCAGAAGAUCAAGAUCUUCAACGCGGACAUCAUCUACCACUUGUUCGAUGCUUUCACCGCUUACCAGAACAAGUUGCUCGAACAGCGUCGCCAAGACUUCAUGGAGUACGCCGUCAUGCCCUGUGUCUUGAAGACCGUGCAGAUCAUCAACAAGCGUAACCCUAUGAUCAUCGGUGUCGACGUCAUCGAGGGCGCUGUGCGUGUGGGCACUCCCAUCUGUGCCGUGCGGAAAGACCCAACCACGGGCCAGCCCAACAUUCUUGUUUUGGGUAAGGUCGUGUCCUUGGAAGUGAACCACAAGGCUUCGGACAUUGUCAAGAAGGGCCAGACGGCAGCCGGUGUUGCCAUGAGAUUGGAGAACCCUAGCGCAGCGCAGCCCACAUGGGGCCGUCACGUGGAUGAGACCGACAACUUGUACUCGUUGAUUUCGAGAAAGUCCAUUGACACCUUGAAGGACCCUGCGUUCCGCGACACGGUGUCGAGAGACGACUGGGUGUUGAUCAAGAAAUUGAAGCCAGUCUUCGAUAUCAAGUAG